GAUGAAUUAUCUUUCGCUUACAUAGCACAUAUAUUUAGAAAAAAUGUCCAUGACCAUUGUUCUUCAGUGUUCUGAAGGUCGUUUUGAACGCACCAUUGAUCCAGCACUUUCUGUGAAGGAUGCUAAGGAAGAGUUUAAAAAAAAUUUCACACCACUUUCCGAUUUGAAUCUCGGCCAACUUGUUAUUAAUUAUAAAGGUCAAUUUAUAAAAGAAGAAAGUGUAUCGCUGGCUUCCUUAGAUAUUCAAAAUAAUGAUACUUUGUUUUUAAUCCGAAAGCGAGCCAUUCCAGGGCUUGUUACCAAUGAAACUCAGUGAGUUGGUUUACUAUGAUAAGAUGAUUUAGUGACUUUGUUUCAGAAUAACCUAUUUCAGAUGUUUAGUUAGUCUUUAAUUUUAUCAUUUUUAGAGGGGAUGCGCUCCUUCUAAAAAAAAUAACAAACGUCGCAAAUGUAUUAAAAAGGUAGAUUAAAUUUCUGAA